ACCUAGUUAAAACUAAAGACAAAAUAGAUAUAAUAGCAGUUAGGUAUAAAAAAUGAUUGAUACAUAGCCAGACGCCCUGGGCUUGAUUAGAGUUAGAAAAAUGUCUGUUGAACUAUUUCGUCGAAAUUGGUAAAAAAUAAAAUCGUGUAGCAGCAAAAAAUGACACAGGUUUCUUUUCCAACACCAGUCUUUUCGUGUCUUUUCCUUAUUUCAAUUUCUACGAGCUUCUAAUAUUUGAAUAUUUGCUUAUCUUUACUUUCUGAACAAGACGAACAACAAACUAAGUAAACGGACAAAAACGACAACAAAUCAAUCAAUCUAUGUCUCAAUUGAUCAACUUGUUUCCAUUUAAUCAAAAGAAUACGAUCAUGUAAAAAUAAAUCUUAGUUGAAAAACCUAUCGACGACGUCAUCAAUUUACUAGAUUACUUUAACUCACGUAAAAUCCCGCCCCUGCACAGUAAUCGCUCAAUAACUGACCUAUUACUUGAGGUUAAAAGAAUCGCAGAUAAUUGAAUGGUUUCAAGCGUCUAUUUCAUUUGCUAUUUGCUGUUUAUAAAUUUAUUUAUUUUUCUUUUCUUUUUGUUGCCUGGGGUAUGUAUCCUAUGAGAAUACAGCUAUUCUUAUGUUAAUUAUGAAUGGUGAAAUUCUCAUUAAUAAGGUUAAAAAAUUUUCAAACUAUUUAAAAGCUUCAGCAAGUUUAAUCUGACAACAAUCUUUGUACGUCAAGAUGUUUUCACUCCGCUAUUUUUAUUUGUUAUUUACGUGCAUCCAUGUAUCAGCAAGUCAUUUGUUGAGACAAACAAGAGCCAGAUCAGCAGUCUUUCAUAUGGUGUUUAAAUACAAGGAUACGAAAUUAAAUAUCGCGCCAAUAAAAACGAUAACUGGUGUGCCACUGGAGGAAGAUUGCUGCAACCAUUGUUUAGCAACGCAUGGAUGCUUGUCUGUAAAUUAUGAACGUGAGAGAACAAAACGUUGUGAAUUGCUGCCAGAGGAUCGGGAUACAAGAAACGAAACAGAUUUUGUUUCUGAAAGAUACUUUCGUUACUACGAUACGAUUGUUCGGGAUUUAUGCAAUGAAAAAGACUCGUGUUACCCAUGCUCUUGCUGGUCCGCAGAAUUUUAUCGAUCCCCGUGUAUUUGCAGGAAAUUGCAUGGAAAAAUGAUACCGCAUUCACCAGCUUGGGUUACUUUCAUUGCAAUCAACAAUUAUGAGCUUACUUUUUUUGGUGUUGACCAAGAAGGUAGAAUUGUGGCUUCUCCUGCAACUCAUCCAUCCAAUGGUACCUAUGUGGUUGUUACAAACCAUGAUGUACAAGAUAUAAAGUAUAGCAAAGACAACAAGAUUCAUGCACGCGGCUUUGGUGGCGUAAUUCAUACGUGGUCAUCUGGUUGGAAUACAGAGAAUCUUUCUGGAGCAUCGUUUGAUUAUACCGAUGAACAUAUUCUCGUUAUUCAUUUAACAACUUUCGAACUUUACUUAAAACCAAUAAGUGAUGGUUCCUUGACAAAAGUAGCUAUGGGCGCGAUCUCUAGAGUUCAGGAAUAUGGCAAGUAUUGGUAUGCAAUUGGUAAGGAUUGCAAAUGCAUCAUGAGACACGAGACUACUCCUUCUCCUACUGUAAAUAAAUGGGAAAUGCUAACAACAAAUCCAGGAUCUUCUAUUGAGUUUAAAGUUGCAUUUAACGAUAUUAUUUAUUCGUUACACGAAGAUCAGAAAAUAUACGAAUGGUAUGGCAAUGAGAACAGAUGGAUUAUGAUAUAUCAAGGUCCCUGCAUUCAUUUUGAUGUUCAUCAUCUUAUUUUUUGCGUAACACCAAACCAUGAAGUACAUUCGAAUUAUGGAGAAUAUGUACCACGUCCAAAUAUUCACAUUCCUUUAAAAACCCUUAAUCACUCAAGCAUGACAACACAGUACGGUAGAGGAAUGGAUAUUAAUGGUGAUACCGAAAUAUUCUUAAAUAUGGUGGAUAACAAUAUCGCUUUAGAUCAGUUUGGGAAAGGUUACGUUCUGCAAAAAGGAGACGGAGAAGACGUUCAGUUUGGAAAUUUCGAGAACACAGUUCUUCAAUUUCCGUUUAAAUCACGCCUUGAAAGCCGCCCAACAUAUUUCACGUUGUCCUUGUGGUUCAGGGCUACGCAACAAACAUUUAAUGAAAGAAAAUCGAUCAUUUGUACUUUCAAUCAAGCCGGUAUUGGAAUAGUACUAGACCCCGUCGAUGAAACUUAUGCAGAAAUACAAGCGAUAGUAAGCGGAACAGCUGAUGAAGUAAAUGUUGUGAAGUCAAAAUCAAAGGCUUUCUUCUUUUCUUGGACGCAUGUUGUGAUUUCCUGGGAUCUUCCUAAAAGAUGUCUAAAACUAUUUCUGAAUGGAAUUCGCGAAGCAACUUCAUGCACAGGAUAUUCAGUAACUAGAACUAUCGGUCCUUCGUCACUUCGGUCAGAUAUUAAAAGCAUUUACAUAAGCGACAUUGCCAUUUGGUAUGCGUUAUUGCUUGAUCAGCAGAUUUUUCAGCUUUAUCAAUCAGAUUACGUUGCUCCUGGAUGGCGGAAAAAAUUCAAUUUUACCUCAGUGACAGAAUCUUCAUGUGAACAGUUGAGGAGGCAGAGACCCUACAUAACGUCCGGUUACUACUGGAUUAAAUUAAAUGGCGAAAUGAUAAGUGUGUAUUGUGACAUGGUGACAGAUGGAGGUGGCUGGACACAAAUAACACAUUUAGACAAUUCAUUGCAUGCUAAUGAAAUUGGCGAAAUUACUCAAAUCGGUAACGUGGUCCUGAAAAAUUUCGUUCUCACAUUGAAUGGUUUGUCAGCAUUAAGGCAAAGAGUGGAUUUCAAGCAACUGAGAUUACGUUGUAGUAAACCAACAGAUCAUGGCAGAACAAUUGACAUAGCAACAACAACGUCAUCUGUAUUGGAUUAUUUUACUGGUGCGACUGACGAGAGACCUUACGCAUGCGGUGGAUUUUACCCGUUAGAAGAAGAUGACUCGAUAAUGUCUCAAAGAUGUGAAGAAUGGAAAGACGGUAAGUUUGGUCAUGCAGUUGCGCUUGACUUAAGUGCACGUUUCAAAAAUGUGCUAAUGGUUAUACCGCAUACAGCAAAUUUCAACUGGGAAACCAACCGCUGUGAUGACUCUUCAGGUGGUCCAGGCAUUUACCAGUACUACGUGCGCUAAUUCUAAUGAGAUAUCAAAAUGAAUUGAACAACAUAUAAUAAUCCCAAUUAACAUAAUGUUUGUUUAUAAUAUUCUCAAUGUUGGAGAAAGUGUCGCUGCUUGCUAUGAGGUGUUGAAUAAUCUACAAGUGACAAUGAAUUAAAGGCUGACUUAUACGUGAGAGUAAUUAUGAAAAAUAUUAGUCAUUUUUAGCAUUUUGAGCAGUUUUCUAUUAUUCUUUUGUGUAUAUAGUUAAAAAAUUUAAAAAGAAAAAUAGUUGACAUGCGCCAUAUUAUGCUCGAGAUGAAUGAAGACAAAUCAGUUUGAGGUAAUUUACUCAAUAAGAAUAUUCAACAAUAUGGUGUGACGUAAUUUCGUAUGUCGGAUUGUUUAAAAAUAUGUUAAAAUAUUGUUUAUACACUCUGCAAAUUAUUUUUCAACGCCUUUUAUUCUGUAUUACUAUGAUAUAAUAUUAUUCUUUUAUUGAUAUUCUUCGUUUAAAAAUAAUUGAAAAAAGUAGUACUCUUCAUGAAUAUUCUUACGUAAAAGUUCUGCUCAACGGUUUAAUUUUUUUUGAAAUAUGAGCUUCUCAUGUAGUUGCCCGUUUUGUAUUAUUUUUAAUUUCUUUGUCAUAAAGAAUGCAAUAUGAGAUGAUUUUUAGUGUGUUAGAACAUCUCUUGCAGGAAAUACUUAUUUCUCUUUAAUUUUUGCAACAGGAUAAACUAGUUUCAUUCCUAUUUUAUUUAAGAAAGCAAUUGCAAGAGGCAAUGUGUUUAAGGCUAACUAAUCGUAAGCAAAUUCUGGCUACUUUAACCAAUGUUGUUAGCGCACUGAAGUUUAUGUUUUCAGAUAAUGCGAGAAUUUCCUGCUUUUCUACAUAAUUUUUACUUCAGAGCACAACCAUGUUAUAAUACUUAAAUUGUUUUCACUCUGAAAAUAUCGUUAAAAUUGGUAAAAGGUCAAUCCAAAUGUUCAGUUUGACAUUUUAAUUAAUCCAAAGCAUAUCGUCAAGUAUUUUCCUUAUUUAAUUAUAAAUUUGUGUAAUCCAUCUAUUGGUUAGUUUCUUAUGUUUUUGAAAUUUAAUUUUUUUUAGUAUCUUAUCCGUCCGAUUUUAUAUGCACCUUAUAUUCGCUGAUAAUUCUUUUUUCAGGUUUUUUUUUUUUAAUUAUAUUUAUCAAAAUUUUAACCACAUGUAAAAUUUCACGUUACGAAUGACUAUUUCGAAUAAGACAUAGACAAUGUCGUUUAACCUGUGUUGCACACAAACAUCACAUAUUUUUAAAAACUUAGUUUCGAUCAUUUAUGUAGCUAUAGAAAAUUAUAUAUAGAGUACGUAGAAAUGUUUCUGUUUUAAAUUUUAUGCACUUACAUAGUAAUUCAUUUGACUUAGCUUUAAUAUUUAGGUAGGUAUAGUAAAUUGUAUAUAUUAGUUUAUAGGAAUGUUAUUGUUUUUAAUCACACAAUGACCUAUUUUUUCUAGUUUGGCGCUUCUUCUACAGUGCAAAUUAUAUCGUAAUUGCAUUUAACUGCACUCUUUAAGGAGCGCCAAUAAUUAAAAAAUAUAUAUGAUGUUAUAAAUUCAAACUCAACUCAUUAUUUUUUUUAUUUUUUUCUAAAUGGAACAUCCUGUUAAUUGUUAAUCAUGAUUAAGAUUAAUAAUAAAAAGGUCAUAAAACAAUAA